AGGUUCCUUCCCGGCUUAAUGGAGCGGUGGCUGCCGCUGCUCGUCUCACCGUUACCCUCGCGGAGACUGCGCUCGUGGUUAGAAUAGGGACCCUCGCUGCGAGAGGGUUUCCAGGGCAACGAAACGACGGCGUGAAGCGGUUCCCGGAGAGGAGACUACUGGGGGGCCGGCGGGUAGGCCACGCUGGAAGCCUCUGCCGGAGAAGGUGCUGGGGAAGCACGGCCCUCGGCGAGGUCCCGGCAGCCGCCCUCUUUGGUGUUGCCGCGGCAGCUGGCGCAAGCUGUGGCGAAGCUACUGAGCCGAGGCCCCGUGGGGGGUGCAGUUGGGACGGGUUCUAAUGCCCCUUCUUCCCCUUGGAGUCCAUCAGUUGCCGCCGCCGCUUCUGCACAUAAGGAUCUCGCCGGUUUCUUUGCCGUUUGCCUUAGAGAUAGCCUAGCUUCUCAGAGCUGGUCCUCAGGGCAAAGUCACCAAAGCACUGGCCCACGAGACAGGCAGAUCUUUCCCUAGCGAGCUUAAGUUAGAGUUUACGACAACUUCGGUGAGGUUUCUGUUUUAUCCGCACCAAAGUACAGGUACGAUUGAGCAAUCCAGAGGGCUCUUUUCCCCGCUGCAAUGGUACCAAUCAAGGCGCACAAUGACAGCAACCCCUGUAGGAUGCCAUCAAACAAAGAUCCCAAGCCACCUGAUCCUAAGGACAUCUCCUCCAACCCGUCCCUUUUAAAAGCCUUGGAGGCAGUUGUAGCAGCUGGUAGACGUGGCUUGCUUGGUCCUGCAGCAAUGGCGGCGGCCGCAGCCAUUCCAGAGCUGAACCUGGGCAGCAGCAAUGGAGUAGUUUCACAGCAAGGCCUGAAUCCUAUUCCACGGAACUCUUUAGUAAAAGAUGAAAGCUUUAUACAAUCUGAAGAGAAAUCAGAAUAUGGCCUGAAUCCUAUUCCACUUGUUGAAACACUGGAAAAAAGAAAGAAGCCGGGCAGUGAGAAGCGCACAGCUGUAAUAACUGUUGUGCAGUCAGUAUCUGACGCUGAGUGCUUACAACCUACUCCAAAGGAAAUCUGGAUAUGCGGCAAUUCUGUGAUCUUGGCAUCAAAGAAAAGAGCCAAAAGUCAUCCAGAUGGAUUGCAGUUGGGCAUAUCUACUUCCAGGGCACAUGUGUACUGGCAUGGAAUACAGGCAAUGAGGUGGGAACAACUCAUGCCUCUUCUGCAUGAAAUUUAUCAUCUUCGCUCCUCUCCAUCUGUUAUAAUAAUUCAUGUUGGAGAAGAUGAUCUCUUGCCCAAAAAUAACGUUUCGCUCAUCAUCUCGAUGAAAAAUGACUUGGCUAUUCUUAGAAGGGCAUUCCCAGAUACUAUUAUAGUUUGGUCUUCACUGUUGCCAAGGCGUUUUUGGAAGAAAGGCCAAGAACCUGAACACAUGGACAAAAUUCAAAAGCAUAUUAACAGGAAAAUGGUAGAGUAUUGUAAUGAAAUUGGUACACAUUUUCUGUCACAUAACUUGAUUACCUCUGAUAAAAUAGGCCUCUUCUUACCUGACGUCAAUGACUUAUCUGAUGCAGGAGCUGAUGUCUUCAUAGCAGACCUAAAAAAAGUUUUAAGGUUCUAUCAGAUAUUUGGGUAGGUGAGAUAAAGGAAUUGACAAAUAUGUUUGUAGUCGUCAGGAACAAUGGGCCUGCUCUUGACUGAAUAAUGGUGCAGAUGACUUGAUGAUCACAGGACAUUUUAAACUCAUUUGGAGAUAUAAAUGAUACAGGUUAAUAGGUAUGUUUAACUACAUUCUGAAAUUAUGGGACCAUCUAGUUCUGAAAGAACUGAUUCAUCUUACCAUUACAAAGAUUUUAAAUAUAUGUUCUCAUUGUUAUUGAAAUGGUGCUUUUGAUUUUCUGGAAAGAUCUGUGGCACUGCAACGAAAAAAAAGUGCGUGAACCUAUGGACCCUGUAUGUGCCUGUUGCAUAGUUUAUGUGCCAAUCUUUAAAGAGGCACAAAUUCCCUAGUAUUUGACUGUAGAGUAUCUGGAAUUCUAACUAGAACAUGUGGAACCAUUUUCACAUGUUAGCAAAUUCUAUGUGAAAGUGUAUGAUGGGGAUGGAGGGGAACUAUGGAGUCAACAGUUAAAAUAUGUUGCCUCUCUCGAUAUAUAGAGCAUAGAUAUAUGUCUUUCCCACUUGGAUAUCAUCAAAAGCUGUAAGGGAUAUAUAUUGUAUAUUUGCAUUUGAGUUGAUUCUUGGUUGCAGUCAACAAACUACUUAGUCCAAAAGGCCAUUGAUGGUUAUGGGCUAUUUGAGAAUACACCACUGAGGAUUGUAAAUUGCAGUAUUUCUGUCAGAGACAAGCACCAUCGUCUAUAAGAGGUCAUUUGAAAAGAUAACUGACUUUAAUUCUCAAGUGUCUUUUUCUACCACAGUAAUACCUACAAUUAUGCCUUAUCACAACUUACUGCCUUUUGUACCAGUUUUAAUAUUUUUCUCACUUUACUGUUUGUAGUUCUGUUGUAAAUCUGUCCAUUUAACUAAUUUAAGGAUAUAAGAUUAUGUAUUAUAAGUGCUUAAUAUCCAGGUUUUCCUCUGAAAACUGUAUUUCUGGAUAAUAGGUGUAGAGAAAGUCUGUUUAAUGAUAGAACUACCUCUCCAUCAUUCAUAAUUAACCAAAAUUGCAGCUAGUCCUUUUGGUCCAUUCGAGAAAAUUUAAACAGCAGUAAUAGCAUAAUACCUUGAUGAGGAUCAACUAAAUGUCACAAAGUAUUGAACAAGCUUUUGGCUUUCACAGAAUUCUUUCUCAGGUGAACAUGAAACAAAACAAGACAGAAAAGGAAGGAACAGGGCAAGAAGAGAAAACGAUGUUGCUGGUAAGGGCAUGGUGAGAAGGCACAAUGGAAGCUCUAUUUCUAAUAUCUGGCGAUCUUAACAUGGUGGUUCAGGAAUCUCUUUGCCACUGAUUUAAUUAGUUCACUCCUAAUGUUGCACCAAAACAUACUGGAACAAAAACAGAACAGCACAUCAUUUGUUUAACAUCGAAGUAACUGCUGGCUUGUGUUUUCAAAGGGUGAGUGACCAUUCCCAAUAUGGUUUCAUGCAACUGCAAAUUCUGGAUUCCAUCUCCCAGCAUUUCUGACCAUUGGUCAUGCUGGCUGGGGAUAAUAACAGUUGAAGUCCGAAGUGUCUGAAGCAUACUGAGUUGGGAGAAGUAGAGGAUGGAAGGAAGCGUCAUUUCUGACUAAUACAAAAUAAAGGCAGAUAAUAUUUGCCGCAAAGCUUCACACAACAGUGUGAAACCCCAGCAUUCCCUGUAAUAGAACAAUAGUUUUAAUUGGUUAAUGCUUUAUGUUGCUGCUGCCAUAUUCUCAUUUUAAUGCCAGAUAAUUUUAGUAUGUAAAAUUUUAAUCUAUGUUAUUAGGCUAUUUUAAUAUAGAUCAAUUUCUUAGUUUAUGCCUUUGUUCUCUGAUUUUGACUUAUUGUGAAUGAAUUGUAUUGUUUAAAUUGUUAUUAAAAUGUUGUCUGUUACGUUGUGAGCCACCCAGAGAGCCUAUGGCUAAUGGGACAGCAUGCAAGCCAAAAUUUUUUGCAAAAUGGCCAGUUAAUAUUACAGAUGGAGCUUCUGCCAUGCCAUAUAACAGCAAAAGCUGUUUCUUUUCUUCCUUUCCCUUCUUUUGUGUAAUAUUUUUCCUGAUCAGUAAUAAUCUGCUACAUUUUGAUGUCCUUUUUUUUUUUGGUCACUAUUUUAUUAUAAAUCUAUAAGUUAGAAUUUAGCCUAGCAGAGUCAGAAUAACACUGUAAAUAUAUAAUGACCAAAGAACAUAUAGAUCUGUUUGUGAGGGGUUAAUUUUAGCAUGAGGAUGAACCUCUAUGCAGAUGUCAAACAUGGAUGGACGCCGAAAUUCCAUACAUAUUUUCAAGUAACUGUUAAGUAGCAGUAUUGUGUGAGCCAUGAGCAUGUAUUUAAGACAGCUGGAGUUUAGCUGGUGGAGACUACCACUCUUGGAAUUACCCAAAUUAGAAACUAUUUUUAAAAAAUAAUGUAAAUAUGUAAUUGUAUUGUAAUAAAACUAUGAAUUUGA